AGCUGUCGUUGUGGGAGAGAGCUACUUUGGCCAGGAAAUAACAAGCAAGUGUUUCACUUAAGCUCGUUUUUGGUUAGCAAGUGUAGUUUGCUAGCAGCUAGGCUAGCUCUAGACACCGCAAACACAUCAGUGGCUAUGGCUUUUGGGUUUUGCUUUGGUGUCGCUUUACUUCUAUCUCUGUGGUCAAGAGCAGAGAGUGCUGGACUUCCAGAUGGAGCUCUUCGUAUGGAGUGUCAUGAUCGUUACUUCACCAUGGCUGUCGAUCUCUCUUUCACUGGGGAGGAGCCUCACUUUGAGGCAGUUGAUGAGACAGGUGCGUACGCCAUCACUCAGCAGUAUGCGGCACAGUGUGGCUACAGUAUCAGUGUUCUCCCGCUACCAGGCGACGUGGAGCUCCGAGCUUCUUACUUCAGCUGUCAAACUAAGAACAAAGAUGAUAUCUUCACAUUCAACUUCAACCUAAAUGUGACUCAUGAAGGAAAGGAGUCGACCUAUCCCUUCAACAAAACCUGUUCUCCAUCGCUCCCCUGGUCUCCCAGAGAGGUUACCUGUGAGACCAACUACAUGGAAGUGUCGGUGAAGAGUGAAGUCACUUGUCCCUCUGGAACAAGGAAGGAUGACUGGAGUUCUCUCAAACCUGCACAUAGCUCCACCACUUCAGACUGGCAGGUGAGGUUUCAGGUGGAUGACGAGCAGUUUCCGCCAAUGAACAUCUCAGACGCCCGUAAGCAAGGAUAUGUGUUUCUCUUGACUGAUGGAAGGCUGGUAUUUCGUGCUCCUUAUGGACAACCUCAUUCAUUCUGCACUGAGGUGAAUGGUGUUCCAGUAGAGGCGAUACAUGCAACUAUAUUCUCCAGACAAAGCUGGGUUGUCCUCAUGUUUGACCUUGUGGCUGCUUGCUCCAUGGAUGAGGGCUUGUAUCAUGAAAGUGGCUACAUGAUGUGGGAGACUCCUGAGACGCUGUUCCCAAAUCUAGAUGGCAAACAGGUCAACGUUGGUCUUAAUGGUGAACUUGUUGCGCAGCCAGUUGCAGAGGACAAAGGCUUCAUUGUGGGGAGGCAGAACAACACAAUCCAGAUCGGCAUUCCCAAUUAUGCUGAAGGAGUAUACAGGAAGAGUGUUGUGAAUGUCGAUCUCUACGAGUUUUACGUCUUCCAUCUCUACUUGGAACAAAUCCUGGUGGAUGAGGAUCAUGUAGAAACCAGGAUCCGCUUUCUCAGGACUUUGGUCACUCCCCUGCUGCCACGUCCCAUCUUCGCCGAAAACCAAACUGUUCUUGUUGAAAACAUGUUCACGGUCUACCUUGGGGACGUCCCUGAAGACGUUCAGGUCAAUGCUGGUCAUUUGAAUAGACAAGAAAUUACAGUGCCCUUAACAAACACAAGCGUUAUUAUGACAAAAGUCGUUCAUCCCAACAACACUCAUGGCUACAAGCUGAAGGUACCUUUUGAAGACCCUUUUGUCAUGCAACAGUUCUCUAAAGAAGAUGCAGUUCUUCAUUAUAUGCUAGACAUCAACUUCACGCUGACAGUUUUGCCUGAAAACGAUGUUUAUUACCACAUGGUAUCUGUUGUAGCAUCGGUCACAGAUGUCUCCCCACCGGUCUUUGAUGCUGUUUGUACGGAAUCUGGCAUCAGCUUCAAGCUGGACCACCGGCCUUUUGACUACCUGUGGGAGAUCACCAUCGGCUUAGACCUGCUGACAUCAGAGCUGGCCGCCCAGCAUGGCUACAUGAUGAGCAACGAUAGCAACAGUCUGCUGCUCGAGGUGCCGCUGUUCUCUCACGGCUACGAGUACAAGAACAUAUCUUUGAAGGGAUUCUUUGGCACUUUUGAAAUCCUCGUGCGGGAUCUUGCAACAGCCGAAGUCCAGAGCUCAACUAUCAAGACUUGUCCGUUCCCUACUACUGAACUCAUUUUGUGUUCGACUGAUGGGACGAUGACUGUGGUGGUGGACUUGUCUCUGGCCAUCCCAAGUGGAGGAGUUGCAGCAAGAACCAACCUGAGAGACAAAUACUGUGGCCCCACAGAGACAGACCGCAAGUGGGCUCUGUUCUCUCUUUCACUCAACAGCUGUGGAUCAACAGUCAAGCUCAACAGGGAAAAUGUGACUUAUCAAAAUGAGAUUUUCUAUAGCAAGAAGGUCCAUAGUCCUAGCAAGGUUCCUUCUGAAAAUGCUACUGAGAGGGUGACAAUGCAGUGUACAUAUCCUCUGGCUGGACUCAUUCGACUCUUCUCAGUGUACAGAUUUGAUUCCGAUGCAGCUGGUAUCGGCAGCGUCAUCCAUACCAAACGUCCUGCAGCAGGUCUGCAGAGUCCCACAAUCCAGCCCACUUCAGCUCUUACAACCAUGCUAGGUCUGCAGAGUCCCACAAUCCAGCCCACUUCAGCUCUUACAACCAUGCUAGGUCUGCAGAGUCCCACAAUCCAGCCCACUUCAGCUCUUACAACCAUGCUUGCUACCACAAGACAAGCUACACUACCUAUCUCAUACAAGCCUGCCAUCCACCCUCCUGCUCGUCAUGUCAAAGUGUCCAAGUUUCGACAUCUGGUCAAUGCUUUGAAAAAAGGAGUUCUACAAUCAUUGCAAACAAAAGUUAAUGCUGCCCGGAUUUGAAGGAAGUAUUCUUUUUAAAUUGAUUUUGGAAUUUAAUAAAGCUGUGUUCUUAAAAA